GCUCUAAAAUGCCCGCGAAAGACGUGACUCCGAUGCAUAUGGGGAUAUAUUGAUUCCUCUCUAUGACUUUCUGGAGCUGAGCUGCAGCCUAUAAUAUUCGAGGAGAUUUUUAAAAAUGGACUUUGCUAUUCUAUCCCUAUUAAUUGAGUUUUCCUCUUUCUGAAAAGAGAAGAUGUUUGUUCAAACCCAGGCAGCUUUUAGGGAAGCACUUCUGUUGUUGGGUUAUACAAUGGACAAGCCAGCAGUAGGCAACAUUUCUCUGCGUCGGUAGAGCCUCUGUCUGGGUGGAAAGGAUAUGGCAGAGUUGAGAUGCCGGAAAACAGCGGUAAAGGAGGGAGAAGAGGAGGGUGAGGAGGAACACCAGCAGUGUGAAUCUGAACCUCGCUCAGAGAAUUUUACAAUGGACAAGGUUAGUCUGAAGAAGUGUUCAGAGGACACAGAUGGAGCUACUUGUGGGGCUCAGGAGAAAGAGAAGGAAGAUGAAGAGGAGGAGGAGAAGAAGGAAGAAGAUGAAAAGGAGGAGGCAGACAGUCAGAAGCCCUCUCCUGUCAAAAGAACCCGGAGCGCCUGCAGAUCGGUUAUGCUUCAGAGUCUAGUGAAGCUGUUCUUUGGAUGCCUGGCAGCAGUAACAUGUGGCAUGAUGUAUGCAGUGUAUCUCUACACCUACCACGAGAGGAAGUUCUGGUUUUCUAGCAGACAGGAGCUGGAACGGGAAAUCACCUUCCAGGGUGGCAGUGGACUCUACUAUUACUACUACAAACACAUGUUGACAGCACCCUCCUUUGAAAGAGGGAUAUACGAGCUGAUGAGAGACAACAGGACUGUGUCUGGUCAGACCAUCAACGCAGUGGAACGCCUGUCUCUGUACCCAGAGCUUGUUACUAGCCUGCUCUAUAGAGUCACAGGAAGCCAGGAUGUAAUAGAGCCAGUAUACUUCUACAUCGGGGUGGUGUUUGGCCUCCAGGCUGUCUACGUCACUGCCCUCUUCGUGUCCAGCUGGGUGAUGAGUGGCACGUGCGUGGCUGGCAUACUGGCUGUGGCCUGGUAUGUCAUCAACCGACCAGACACAAGCAAAGUGGACUAUGCCAUUCCUCUGCGGGACAACUGGGCCUUGCCUUAUUUCUCCUGCCAAGUUGCAGCUUUAACAGGAUUCCUGAGUAAUAACGUUAACUCUGCCACAGAGAUGUUCUGUUACCUCCUGAUGAGUGCCACCACCUUCACCUUCAUCCUGGUGUGGGAUCACAGCCACUACGUGCUCUUCAUCCAGGGCCUGGCACUGUUCCUGCUUGACUCCUUUGACCUGGUGCCGCCCCGCAAGAUGGCUGACAUUCACAAGGUGUACCUGAGCUCUCUCUUCCUGGCCUACAUCCUCCAAUUCCAGAACCCAGCCCUGCUCAGCUCCCCUCUGCUCAGCCUCCUCAUCAGCACAGUGCUCGCGAGGUACUUCCAGCAAAACAUGAAGAUGGGCCCCCUAGUGGCCAGACUGAUGAAGGUCUUUCUGCAUUUCUACCUUUGCUUCACCACCGGGAUCACCUACAGCUAUGUGGCCAAGCGACUAAUGCCAGUCAGUGAGAGUGAUUUCAUUUUGAGAUUUCUUGAAGUGAAAUUCGGACUCAACACAACAACAGACUUUGUGACCAACCGGCUCCUGUGUCAAGAAUGCUUCCAGACCCCCAGUCAGGACUUUUUCCUGCGGCUUACCCAAGCAUCAGUCCUGCCUUUCUACCUACUGGUCCUCCUUAUCUGUCUCAUAUCAACACUGCAGACCAUCUACAGGAGGCUCAGUGGUGAGCCAAUGAAAACGAACCUCAGACUCGAAGAUGGACGAAUAGGAGAGCAACCCGAGGUCAUCUACCACGUUUUCCACACAAUGCUGUUCGGGGCUCUGGCAAUGGUCUUUGAGGGGAUGAAGUAUUUGUGGACCCCAUACGUCUGCAUGUUCACAGCGUUUGGUGUGUGUUCUCCAGAGCUCUGGGUGACUUUGUUCAGGUGGCUGAGGCUGAAGUCCAUCCACCCUGUGGUACUGGCCUUGAUCUUGAGCACAGCAGUUCCAACUAUCAUUGGAUUCAGUUUAUGGAGAGAGUACUUUCCCCGUGUCAUAGCAGAACUAUCAGAGCUGCAGGAAUUCUAUGACCCAGAUACAGUCGAGCUGAUGAACUGGAUAAAGACCCAUGCCCCGAUGGCGGCAGUGUUUGCAGGCAGCCCACAGCUGUUGGGAUCGGUGAAGCUGUGCUCAGGUUGGACUGUGACCAGUCUGCCUCUCUACUCAGACAUUGACCUGCUGAGGAGGAGUGAGGAUACGUACCAGGUGUAUGCAAUGAGGUCUGCGGAAGAAGUCUACAAGAUUCUGUCUUUGCACAAGACGAGCUACGUGAUUAUCGAAGAGUCGCUGUGCAACGAGUUGAGUCCCACCAAGGGCUGCAGGAUCAAAGACCUGCUGGAUAUCGCCAACAGCCAUGUGGUGUAUGACAAAGGCGAGAUGUACUCCUUCUCCAAACAUGGGCGAUUCUGUCAUGAGAUAAAGAUGAACUAUUCGCCCUACACCAACUACUUCUCAAGGGUUUUCUGGAACAGGUCCUAUCACGUCUACAAAGUCAACUCUGUCAUCUCCUUCCAGUACUGAAGACAGCUCAGCUUCAGUCUAACUACUGAGCCAAUACUUUCUUCUGUCUCUGCAGUGUCUGUUACCAUAGUUGGAUGCAAUACAACCCCUUCGCAGUUGAUUCUCGUAAAAUCAGUGGAAGCGUGUUGAUUGAAUAUUCAGUCCCCCUUUGACAUUCUACAGGGAGUGUAAAUUGUCUUGAUAUUCUGCACAGUAACAAAUAGAAAACCCACACAUGUAACAGAGUGAGAUCCAUGAUGAGAACAUUCAGUUGGUCCCCCAAUUGUUGCAUGUCAGAUAAGUGGUCAAACUCUUAAUGAAUAGUUAGGAGCGAAGUUCACAAUGCCAUGUGAAUCAUAGUACUGUAUUUCGUUUUCCAAAACACAAAUUACUGUGAUGCCUUGAGUGAAAGCAAAGCACACAUGCAUGUAAGGGCUACAGGUCCACUAUUCUCUUCUUGUCAUUAUUUACCUCUUAAUACUGACGCACAUGCAGUGCAUGUGUGCUUUUAAAGAUUAAAGUUUGCUGCUUUGUG